AUGGAUGCCUCAAGGACCGCACGGGACGGUUGUAACGUACUAAACGAGGAUGACCCCGGUUCCGCAGACCAGGGUUCCCAACGAGGCAAGCACAAUGCCGUCGAUAUUCCUAACGUUAUGGGCGAUCUAAUCAUAGCCGCAGCUGCAGAUGACGACGCGGAGUUUGACGAGGACGAUGAGGGCGAGUAUGAGGACGAGGACGAAGCGAUGGCAACAUCGGACGAUGAGGACUACAAUCGGACGCAUUUUGGCAUCGUCCAGGCGCUGCCUGUUCCUGACGGUCCCCUAGACAUGGACGCUGGGCCCCCCCAGACUGCGGAGGAGUACCUGCGGUGGGUGCGAUUCGAAGCCUCUCAAUGCCCGCGAAUCACCCGCAAGGACAUUGACCCAGCCGUACUGCAGCGCCAACAACAGCAGCAACAAGGACAUGAAGGGGGAGAGGAUUCGACGGCCAUAGUAACGACAGGCCUUGAGAACGGCGGGUCACGCCAUGCAGGCUGCUGCCCUAGCGGCGGUGCAGCCUCUUCCCUCCUGCGGAGCAGAGUUCCUCCGCCCGUCGUCAGCUCUUGUCCCGAGUGGGCUCGACCCUGCCCAAAUUGGCUGGCUGCCUUCUUGCAGGACUUCAGUCGGCUGCGGCGGGCGCUCAGCACCAUGCAGCGGCAACACGUUAAAGAGCUGUCCUCCACUCGGCUGCCCUCCCUGGAGAACACCGCCGCCUGGGACCGGUUGUGCUUUGAGCAGUGGCAACCGCUCGAACAUCAAGAACAACAACAAGGGCAGCAAGAGCAGCAGCAGCAACUUGAUCACCAGCAACAGCAGCAGCAGCAGCAACUUGAAAACCAGCAGCAGGCAUGCUGCGAGUCCGUGGUGACGGGUGACAAAAGCGAUAACGGUGCCGAAAGCCCACCGCCACCACCGCCACCACCCUCCCUGCCGCACGAACAGCAGCAAGGGCAGCAGCAGCAGACACAGCGACAUGGGGGGGUUGUAGGAGGGGGUGGGGGUGGGGGUGGGAGUUCAGGUUUGGUGGUGGAGACCGACCGGCUGUGUGGCCCUGUGGUGCGCACGGUGCUGGCACUGGAUCAGGUUUCCGUGGGCAGUCUCAUUCAGCGCCACGUGGGCCAGCUCAGCACCCAACCGUGCCUGUCGUACAUCAGGUCGCAGUGGCUCUUUGCGCUGGCUGCCGUACUGGAGCGUCCCGUACCUCCUGACGUGGCAGCUGCCCUGCGGGAGCUGGUUCGGCGGUGCUCUGCCUGGAGGGCCACCCUGGAGCAUCCCGAUGACCCGGUGCUGCCGCGAUUAAACGUUUUGUUGGCGGUUGCCGGCGGUUAUUUCGGGCAGGACGAGCAUCUCAGCGCGGCGGCAGCAGCGGCUAGUUUGGGAGACCUGAUUUAG